GAUAUGCUUCGUCAAACAAUAAUCAGACUGGCCCCUAGCUUCUUGCCCGGUUUUUCUUCAGGAUAUGGUUGGAUCACAUCACGACCGAUAACAAAAUCGCUUGGUCGCACGCGUCGGAUCACAUCGAACGAACUACCAUCAGAGCAAUUUUCUAAGAGGUCCCCUUCCUCCACGAAGCCUUUCUUGCCGAGACAAGCAUUGACCCCAGUUGGCGAUGCAGGAUUGUAUAUUGCUCGAGAUAUAUCACACAAAAAUCCAAUCGCUCGCCUGCCCAGAAAGCAACUCUCGCACAAGUCUCGAAUGCCGCCUGUCUAGAUGCAGCUGCGCGCUGCAGACGCCGCCCGGGAACCGGACGGCAUUAUCCGAUUGGCCGCCGGGCAGCUUAAAUUCCCUCGCGAGAUGGCGCCAAUGCCCGCACGCACUCACCGUCACCGCACGAGAGCACGCAGCCGCACUAGCUUACCACAGCGGCACAGCUAGUUGAGAUGUCGGCGGCGGCGGCGGAGUACCCGUGGCGCGCGCAGUCGUUCGGCGACGCGGGGGCCGCGCAGCGUAGCGCGCUGGUGCUCGCGUCGUACCCGGUGCUGCUGCUCCUCGUCAUCCUGGCCGCGUUCGUCAGGUACCUGUGGGUCGCGCUCGCCAUGUACUGCGCGCUCCUCUUCGUGCUUUCGUGCGCCGCCCGCGCCUUCGGCGCCCGGCCGGCCGCCGUCGGGGACGGCGACGAGGAGGAGGCGCGGGCCGGCCACGGCGGGCUCUCGGCGGCGGCCAUCGCAGCGGUCGCCCCGGCGUUCCCGUACGAGCCACCAGCCGCGCCCGCUCCUAGCGACUGCGCGGUGUGCCUCGAGGCGAUGAAGGCCGGGGAGCCGGCGCGGCGGCUGCCGGCGUGCGCGCACGCGUUCCACGUCGGCUGCAUCGACAUGUGGCUCGACUCGCACGCGACCUGCCCCGUGUGCAGGUGCGACGUCGUGCCGCGGAAGGGCGGCAAGGAGCCGCCCGAGGGCCCCGCGCUGCCGUCGUCCGCCGAGCCGCCGCUCCCGCCGGUGUAGCUCCGGCAGGGGGGUUGGGUCGGGCCGUGUCACGGCGGCUACUGCAGGGUAGUUUCGACUUUUGGGAUAGGCUUUGCACAUAGUACUAAUUUUUGGGGGUUAUGUAUAGUUGUGCUAGUGUGCUGUUCUGCUGGCUGUAUAUAUGUAGUGUAUUUGUCAACGAUAAUGCAGUUUAUUAAGCUAGCGAUCUUGCAGAGUCUGUCCAGUCAUCGUCUUUUCCACGGAGUGAAUUGCGAUUGAAAA